AGUGUGGCUGGCCCAAUGAGCGGGCUGCUCCCGCCGCGCUCCCCGCCCUCUCUCCUUCUCUCGCAUCCUUACCCCUGGGGAAGUGGGAAACGAGCGGCAGCUUCCAUCGGAGAGGGGGAGGUGGCUGUCUCCGGCGCCAGCAACCGUCUGCCUGCAGGAUCGACCCCGCUGCCGACCAUGACUGACACCGUCCCGGGACAGUUUGCCGCACUGCUGGAGGACCUGUCGUCCAACAUCACGUCGGAGGACCUGGCCCAGCUGAAGCUGGCCUGCAAGGAGGACAUCCCGAGUGACAAGAACGAGCAGCUGACCGGCUGCAAGGAGUGGUUCAGCUUCCUCGAGAAACACGACAAGCUCUCCAAAGACAACCUCUCGUACAUCGAACACAUAUUUGAGAUGUCCAGGCGGCCAGACCUGCUGACCAUGGUGAUCGACUACAGGACCAAGGUGCUGAACAUCUCCGAGGAUGAGGAAGUAGACUCCAAGUUUACCCGCAUCCCCAGUGCCGUCAAGUACAAAGACAUUCUGCGGCAACCGUCAGAGGACGAGAUCAUCAAACUGAAGCUGCCCCCCAAGAAGGCCUGAGCCAUGGCCAGAAGAGGCCCUGGAGAGCAAGCGAAUGGGGAGAGAGAGAGACAGAGAAAGAGCGUGCGCGCGAGGCGGUGGGGAGGGGGGGAAUGAGAACCCGCGCCCAGCGAUAGUGUUUGUAACAAGAAAAAUAACCCUCCAGUAACAUUAACCUGUAACUUUUGCAAAACCCCCCACCCCACCCACCACCAUACACCGUGAUAUGUUGUGUCGUGUUACCGGGAUCUUCCUGUGCACCCGAAGCCUGGUGCCCUGCCUCCUGGGCCGGGACGGGGGUAGGGGCUGCAACAGUCUUGCCACCCCCACCCAACCAACCCUGUCCAUCUACCCUUGAACUCUAUGCAAAUUCUGUGAGAUAUGUGGGGUCCAACAACCCCAUUCCCUCUCCCGUCCCACUCUGUGCCCUCCCCUGCCAGCCCAGUUGACUGGAAUCAGGGGGUGAUGCCCAUCAGGCUUAAUGCCAAGCUGACUGUUACCGGGAGAGCAGGAAGGGGCUUGGAGAGCAGGGGUUGAGGCUGAGGUCUGAUCAGGCCUUGUCUCUCUUGGAGAGGUCCCUCAGGAGAGGUUUGGGCCCCAGGGCAGAUGGUCCCACUCCGACCUGGGGCAGGUCGGGGUGGGGGGGAACAUUUGGGUAGCAGCCUGCAAAGAAAGCAAAGGCCAUUUGAUUGGGAGGGUAGGGAGGAAGCAAAGUGGCUGCCAGGGAGAGUCUGCCACUGUCUUUUGGCAUCACCUCCCUGGGUUGGGAGGGGAGGUGGGGCAGGAGACCCGCAGCCACCGGGCCUCAAACUCUGGAAAGUUGGAAAGCCUUAACCGCUAGGCCCCCAGCCUUCCCCUGUGCACCUUCCCAGUGGGUGGGGGAGACGAGGCGGCUGCCCCGGGCCCGGGCUGGAGAGGCGGGGUGGGUGGGUGGGUGGGGGGGGUGGGGUUGGGGUGGGCAGGGUCCCGGCACCGCGUUCCCGCUAACCCGCCAAUUAACAGCCUUUACCAGCCGUCUGUGUGCGAACCGCUGAAGCAUUAAUGGAGUGUGUCAUUAAACACGUCGUGCACCCGA